CCUUCACAGGAGCACUUAGUGUGUGUUUGUGUAUGUAUGUGUUCGUUUAACAGUGCGUGUUUGAUUUGUUUGCUUGACUUUGUGUUUGUGUGUGUGUUUGUGUUGCUCUCUGUGUUGUAAUAGCACGUCCCUACUUAACCUCAACAGGGUCUGGGGGCCAACUGGGUUAUAUAAAGCCUGCUGCUCUCUGGCCUCACCAGCCAGAAGCCAGAGUUGUGUAUGUGUUUGUUUAACAGUUUGUGUUUGCAAUGGAUUUGUGUGUGUUUUGUGUGUGUGUGUGUGUGUGUCUCAGAGGGGAGAAAAUAGAUAUUUUAAGAUGUAUCCAACACUACUAAUCAAAUCCUUGUUCUUGUCUCAUUAUUUUAAUUAAAGAUGUAAAUUACAAAUCUGGCUUUUUGGUGUUCUACUUACUAAAGGUUUUUAUAUAUUGUUUUGCUUUUUUUCCCCCUAGUAAGUUGUUUUACACGUUAAUGGCAUCGUUACCAAACCCUCUAAAGUUGAACUCUCAGGCUUCUCUUCACAAGUGAAGCGUGGGAUCGUUCCUUCUGUCCCCGUCUCCCCUGCUCCUCUGUCUCUGAGGACGUCAUCCCAGCGUCUUUAAUGUCCAUCUGCAUGAGAAACACGUUCCUUACACACACACACACACACACACACACAUUCUCUUUCCUGUUCCCUCCUCUCCAGUCCUUCAUUUUUUAAUGUAUUUUAUAUAAGUCCAUGGCGUACACAUGACAUUAUGACAUGUUUGAGAUGAACUACACGUCGUGUCUUUGCUUUUUAAAGAUGACACGGGGCCCCGCAGUGGUGUUCAUUGACCUGUAAAUUGGAUCCGCGUGUGCUACACAGAGGCCUCGUUUUGGGGUUUUUUGGGGGUAAAUAUGGGGCUGGUUUGAGACCAACUUCGGAGUCAUUGCUCAUGUCAGGAAGAGGCGCUUUGGGAAAGUGGGACCAUCUCCUGUUUCUCUUCCAUGAAAAGUAGUUGUUGCCUGAAGGAAGUCGAUCGUGGAUUAGCACAAAAGGAUUAAGAAUGUCAUCUUGUUUUUUAUUUUUUUUUAUUAACAUUUCGUGGAACUUUAAACUUGGCUUUUAUAACACAAAGUGACCGAAAUGACAGUAGAGCAGUGAUAACGGAUCAGUAAUCCUUGGCUGUUUGCAGAGGAGGUUUGUCAGAGAUUUAGUCUUUGGACAAACGUGGCAUGAAGCAAAACAACGAUGAUCCAAUAAAGUCCCCAAAGUCCAUUACAACGGUGUGAUGGGGUUAAAGGUCUGAUCCUCCAGACAAACACACACUGCAGCUUAUCGAGGCUGCAGAGGAGCCGCUGUGCUCGGUUCAAACGUGAAUUCUCUUUGACUUAUGAAGCUUAGUGCAGAAACUGAUUGACCUUCUAAACCUGUUUGGAUGAGAAUGUUUUCUGUCUGUCAAUGAAUCUUCUUUUAAUACACGGUUUUAUGAUCACGUCUUGAUUUGUCUGUUAAAGACGUGUGUCGGAUUGAUCUCAGUCGACCUUUUUGGACUUUUCAAAUACAUUUUUACUGAUCGAGGCUUGUGCGGCAUCGUCCCAGGACUGAGCAGCGUGCUGCUGCCGCGCAUGAACCCGUUUGUGCUGAUCAACAUGGCCGGAGCUCUGUCGCUGUGCAUCACCUAUAUGCUCAUAGAAAUCAAUGACUACAAUGCGGUGGACACGGCGUCGGCGGUCGCCAUCGCCCUCAUGACCUUUGGCACCAUGUAUCCCAUGAGCGUCUACAGCGGCAAAGUGCUGCUGCAGACGACGCCGUCGCACGUCAUCGGCCAGCUGGACAAACUGCUGCGAGAGGUGUCGACUCUGGAAGGAGUGCUGGAGGUUCGAAACGAGCACUUCUGGACCGUCGGCUUCGGCUCCCUGGCCGGCUCCGCCCACGUUCGUAUCCGCCGCGACGCCAACGAGCAGCUGGUUCUGGCCCACGUCACCAACCGGCUGCUGCCGCUCGUCUCCACGCUGACCGUCCAGAUCUUCAAAGACGACUGGACCAGACCCCUCCUCACCGGGACCCUCUCCUCCUCCACCUCCUCCUCCUCCUCUGCUCCCCAUCAAGGCCCCGAAGGCUACGCCUCCUCCUCCGGGCCUCCUCCGCUCCUCACCUCCGGAGGGGAGAUGGACCCGCUGACCUCCACGCCCUCCAAACCCAGCAGCCCCCCGCCGGAGUUCGCCUUCGACACACCGGGGAUGAACGCGCAGCCGGUGGUCCUCCCCGCCCCGGGACAGCACGCCCACCGGCCCUACGGGGGGGGCCCGGGACUCCCCUACGGAGCCUCCGCCUACGCGGCCAUGCUGAGUCAGGGCCUGGCGCGGCCGGGACUCGGGGCGCCGGCUCUCGGGCCGGGCUUCGGACUGGGCGCCGGCGGGGGCCCGUCCCCUCACAGCUACAGGACUGCGUAUGCAGCGCCGCCGCCGCCGCUGCGGUUUGGAACCAGCAACCCUCUGGCUCCUCAGUCGCAGUACAGACAAUACCGACCCUGAGUGUGUGCCGGCGCUCCCAAUCGGACACGGAGACGCUGCAGCAUUUUGUCCCAGUGGGACAACGAGGGGGUUUCUUGUAGCGUGAGCCUCCCCUGGCUUUAGGAAAGG